AUCAAGUACGAGUCUUGCGUAGGGUGGUGAUGCUCAAGGCUAUCACGUGACGAGAAUCUCCGGCUACAUCCGUCUCGUCCAAUCUUGUAUCAAUUGAGGACAAGCCCAUUCGAUCGCUUCUCAUAGAUAAGCUUAGAUCUCGAGAAUGGGGCCAUCAUGCGUCCAUCGAUUUCUCCGCAUAUUCCGAUCUGGGAAGGUGACAAGGUGAAGAAAAAGGGGCACGAUACCCCGACGACGGUGUAGAUAACAAUCCGGCUGAAAUAAACAAGCGCGCUACAUAUAAGCAAGAUGUGUGUACGCCCACAUUAAUAUUCCUAUUUAGCAAUCACGACCGUAUUCCAAUCAGAUCAGAAUGUCUGAUCCCGUGCGAUCACUCCGGGCUUGGGUGCGGGAGUUAGCAUGCUACGCAACCAUAGCAUCCGUUUCAGUGGCAGCAACCCCAAUCAUUCCAAGAGCAGAUGCAUCAGCUUGUAAAGUAGCCGCAGUCAACAACAUCGACCUAAGCGCCGGCUUCGGAUUCGAACAGAACUGCGCUCCAAGCGUCGGCACAUUAAAUGCCUUCAUGAUAUUCGUGGAUUUCAGCGACCAACCGGCGAUCGAGACCACUCAGAGUCUACACGAUUUCUUCCUACCAGCAGCCGCAGAAUGGUACACGACGUCUUCGUAUGGUGCGCUAAGCCUUAACGUCACCGCCGACACCUCGCGCUUCUACCGGAUGCCAGUCACCGCGGCGAGCUACAAGUGGGACCGCGGUCUGACGUAUCAAGUUCACCAGAAGUAUAUCCAAGAUGCGCUGGAUGCAUACGGGAAGACUAUCCCGCCGACUGAUGUCUUUUACGUGGUGCCAACGGCAAACGCCGCCGCGAUUUCGUUUUCUCCAACUUUCAUGGGUGAUGUUAAGACCCGUGCCGGAACACAUGUCGCUAAAAGCUCGGUGACGUUCGGUUAUGAUGCGUACGAAGCGUGGAAGUAUCUUGUGUUGAACCAUGAGACGGGGCAUACAAUGUGCUUGCCCGAUUACUACCCCCUUGACGGUAGGGCGACGGGCUUGUUUAUUGGUGGCUGGGAUCUGAUGGGAUUGAUUAGUGGACCAAGUCCCGAUUAUUUCGCGUGGGAUAAGUGGCGAUUGGGUUGGUUAUUGGAUGAGCAAAUCGAUUGUGUCGCGCAGACGGGCUCGACCACGCAUACAUUAACCCCUUUAGAGAAAAAGGGCGGCUCGAAAGCCGUAGUUAUCAAGCAUAAUGCCACGAAUGUGUUGGUAGCGGAAGUACGCUCAACGAGUGGGCUUGACGCGGCGUCCUGUGCGACUGGUGUCCUCCUUUAUACAGUCUCUACAAACGUCAACUCAGGGGAAGGCCCUGUUCGUGUAUUGGACGCCACGCCGAGAUCGAACGGGUGCUCUGGGGAUAAGUUAAACGAUGCUGUAUUGAGUCUUAAAGGAACGAGUUCCUAUACUGCAUCAGAAUGGGGUGUUAAAGUUACUGUUGUAAGCGAGUCUAAUGAUGGUGUCAAGAUUAAGGUGGACGUCUCAUAACCUCUACGAUCCCCUAAGGUCCCGUUGAAUAUAACAAUAUCAGUGCGAAUAAAAAGCACGAAGCCGUGGGGUUACCUUUCAUGAUACAGUUCAUGUGU